GUAGACAACAGCGCACAUUUUGUCCUGUUUGUUAACGAAUGCCGGUUGUCGACUUCCAUCAUUCGAUCUUCGUCAAUAAUUUGUCAGGUGGCAUAUUAAUCCUUAUUUUCUUAACAUCUGGAAUAUCGUCGGUAUAUUAUAAGUAAUUCUUAUGACCUCAUGAUGAAUUUGAGCGAAUGGAGACCACAAGAAAGCAUAAUAAAAAACAUCGAAGAAACUCUACAAUUAGCAUUGGUACCGAAUAGCGAUGCUCAGAAAACUGUUCAGGAUAGACUUAUUCUUAUGAAAAAUUUGACAGAUUUUCCAAAUUAUCUUUUAUUUAUAUUGGGAAAUCCAGGCUUUUCAGAAGAUAUAAGAUCUCUUAGCGGAAUAUUACUGAAGAAUAAUAUUCAAACUACUCAAAAUACUCUUAGCCCCGACAACUUACAGAAAAUUAAAAAUGAAUGUCUUCGUUUAUUAAAGGAUCCUUCUAGAGAUGUAAGAAUCAGUAUCAGUAAUGUUACUGUGAUUAUAGCUAAAGAUAACCUGAAAACUUGGCCCGAAUUAGUACCUUACCUAAUUAAAGGGUUUGUGGCGCAAGAUGAAUAUAGUGAGGUAGCAUUAACAACAUUGUUUAAAGUAUGUGAAGAGUUGAUAAAUAGUCAAAAACCGCAGGAAGAAAUUUAUAAAGUAACCAAAGAAGUUUUUCCAAAAUUUAUCGAAUAUGUUUGUGCAGAAAAAUGUACAGUGCGUCAGAAUAUAGUUAGACUUACAAAUCAGUUUCUACAAGAUUAUUUUGUGGUUAUGAAACAAUCUAUUGACUUGGGACUUUACCUGAGAAAUGUAAUGCAACUUGCCAACACAGAAGAUUUGGAUCUACAAAAAUGUGUGUGCCAUACUUUUGUUAUUUAUAUUGAUAAUCAUGAGGAGACAUUAUUGCCUCACUUGCAUGAUAUUAUUUGCUAUUUAUUAGAAAAAUGUCAUCAUGAAGACCAAGAUGUAGCCUUACAAGCUUGUGAAUUUUGGUUAGCUUCAACUAAAAUAAAUACUUGUAAAGAUAUUUUAUCGCCUUACGUGGAGAAGCUUCUACCAACUUUGUUGAAAAAUAUGAGAUAUUCUGAUAGUGAACUCAAUAUGAUAAAGGAUAGUUUGGGUUCUGAUGCUAAUAAAAAAGAUUUAUCAAAAGAUAUUUCCCCAUUCCAUUUUAGAGAUCGAAACAAUACAGAAGGUGAAGAAUACUACAGUGAUGAAGAAGGAGAGGAUCAAAGCGAUGACUUUGAUGAUUUUUAUGUUGGGUGGACUUUGAGAAAGUGUAGUGCUGCUUCAUUGGACUCCAUAGCGGUAAAGUUUGGUGAUGAAAUUCUUCCAUUGCUUAUACCACUCAUUAGUGAAAUGUUACAAAAUCCAGAUCAUUUAGUAAAAGAAUCUGCCAUAUUAGCUUUAGGUGCAAUUGCAGAAGGUUGUUUUAAUGGGUUAAAAUCUGAGUUACCGGAACUUGUUCAGUUUUUGAUUCACUGUAUGAAUGAUGAACAUUCUGUUGUAAGAGUUAUUACCUGUUGGACAUUGAGUAGGUAUGUAUCGUGGAUUGUGAAUGUUCGUGCCGAUAAUCCUGAAGAAUAUUUUGUUCCAGUAAUGACUAUUUUGUUGAAACAUUUUGUUGAUGAGAAUAAAAGGGUGCAAAGAGCUGCAAUUUCAGCUUUCUGCAUUUUUCAGGAAGAGGCUCAAUUGAAACUUAUUCCUUAUAUUGAUUUUAUCUUAGAAGGCUUUAAAUAUGGCUUUGAACAGUUUCAUUGUCGAAGUUUAUAUUUACUUUAUGAUGCUAUUGGUGUACUUGCACAAUCUGUAGGUAAUCAUUUAAGUAAGGAUGAGUAUGUUAGUAAAUUGUUACCUCCUCUGAUGAACAAAUUUACUGAACUUAAAAACUUUUAUGAUGAUCAUUUUAUCGCCGUGUUGGAAUGUCUUGCUAAUGUCAUUCCAGCAUUAGAAGCAUCUUUUGUACCUUACUCGGAAAUUGUUUAUUGGCACUGUCUACAGCUUAUCAAUGACACACUAAUUGCUUCAGUCAAUUAUCAGCAGAACCCCAAUGAAUAUGAUCCUCCUGAUAAGGAGCCGAUGAAUGUAGCUCAUGAUGUUUUGUAUAGUAUGGCUCUUGGUCUAAAAACUUACUUUGUUAAAUAUGUUACAAAUAGUAAUCUGAUUUAUUUAUUGUAUACUACAAUGCAGGAUAGCUCAAAUCUUAUUCGACAAACGUCCAUAGCUUUAUAUGGAGAGCUUAUAGGCUUGUGUUAUCCUUUUUUAGCAUCUAGUGUGAAUGAGUACAUUCCCCUGAUAAUUAAGAAUUUGGAUGAACACACUGAUGGUGUUUGUAAUAAUGCUGCUUGGGUUAUAGGAAAAUUAUGUUCAGUUAUGGGUAACACUAUUCAACCUUUUCUUACCGAAAUUCUCAAUGCAUUUGUUCAUAUAUUGAGAACCCCUGCAGUAGCUCGCACUAUGCAUAAAACUGUAGCAAUAUCUUUAUGUAUUGUUUUUUAUGUAUGUCCCGAUGUGACGGUCCCAGAAAUGGACGUAAUUGUUAAAAAUUGUUGUAUGUUGGUUAGAAAUGUUCGAGACUCUGAUGAAAAAGAUUUAGCAUUCCGAGGUUUGUGUGAGGUGAUUGUGAGACAUCCUGAAUUUAACAAAAAUUAUUUCAUAUUUUUUUGUGAUGCAGCAGCUUCUUGGAUUAAUAUUCGUAUAGAUUUGAAACAAAUGAUACGGAAUGUAUUAUUGUCAUUCAAACAACAAUGUGGAGAGGAGAACUGGCGACAAUUUUAUUGUCAGUUUCCUGAAGCUUUAAAACUAAAACUUCAAGAGUUAUAUGGGGUAUGAAGUAAAUGUUCAUCAUUAAAUGGGGAAUUCGACAAAUGGGUGGGAAAGCUUGAGUGCACCUGCCUUAAGUUUAUCGCGAAAUAGUAUUUUAAUAUCGUCCGCGAGGGAGGGGCGUCUGCCGGUAACUUAGAGUCACGCGUUUUAAAAAAAUCAAGAUGGAUUUUUUUAGAGAUUCAUUAUUUUGUUUUUGGGUUAUUUUGUGUCAGAUCAACUAAUUAUCAAAACUGUUAUAUAUCUCUUAUAAUAAAUUGUACAUCAAUGAUUGUAAUUACUUUGAAAACUAAUUUUAUUAAGUAUUAUCUACGGUUAAACUCUAUAGGACUAUUUUUGUAAAAUAAAUUUUUUCAAAUUUGAAAAAUUGUUUAAAUAACUUUAGCUAUAUGGAAAUUAUUAUUAUUAUUGAUUGAGUAUACAAAUAAAUUAGAAGGAUUUACCAUGUAAACAGUCAGUUGCGAAAACAUUUCAUGAAAUAUCUGAAACCCAAUUAUGAAAUUUUAGUCAGGUGUAUUCAUUACAAUUGUAUCAUGUUGAGUCGAUAUUUUCUCAACUUGAUCUAAAUUGUUUCUAAUUUUAAUUAAUCUCAUUAAACCUUUGUCUUUUCCCACUUUAAAUACACAAAAUACAAAUUUUAGCAUUAGAAUGUUAUAUGUUUAGUUCUCUUUUUCAUCUCAAGUUUUUGUAAAUAUAAAUUUUCUUAUUGGAUUUUUGUUUUUCCUGUUUCUUAAAAUAUAACUUCUGUUAUUAGUUUAUUGUUCUUUUUAAUUGUUACGAUAUGCCUUUUUGUCCAUUUUCUUAUUUUCAGAUUGCCAGUCUGUGAUGCCUAAUUGUUAAGCCUUCCCAGUUGAAUGGUAGUGAUACAUAUGAAAAAAAUUUUAUAUAUAUAUAUGUAUAUAGAAUAUAUACAUUUUUGUAUAUCGUCUAUUUAGGUUUCUAUUAGUUUUAUAUAAUUUUUAAUGCUGCUUCUAAAGUAUUUUAAUUCUAUGGGUAUUGAUAGUUGUUCAUGCUUUUGCUAAGGUUUUUUACAUACAGCUGGUAUUUUUAUAUAGCUGUAGGAAAACUGGAAAAUUAGUAUCUUCCAGUGCAAUUUUUCUUUAACAUGCUUCUAAAUAUUUCCAGUUAUUUUGAAGUGUUAUUUAUAUAUGUAUGUAGAUAUUGGGAUCAUGUGUCCUCCAUUCUUGCUGCGAUACUUGGGAACCCAGUGUUUGUAGCUGAUCUGCUAAUCUCAUUCAUUCAGGUGUCGUGCUCUGGAACUCCAUAGUGUUUCAUACUUUGAGAGAAUGUGGAUAGAGGUUUCGUCUUCUGUGCAACAAAAUCUGCAUACAUCUUCAGGUUUAAAGUGAUAACAUGAAUUUCUAAUUUUGUUUCAUUUUCAUUAAAUUAAAAGUAGCUUUGUUGGUAACUGUAACUAUAUAUUUUCCUAAUUUGAUUGCCUAUUGUGCAUUGAUACUAUAAUUUAUGGCUUACGCGUAAUUCUAAAUUCUUUUUUAUUAGAUCAGAUUUCUAUGCCCUAUUUUACUUCAUUGGAUAACUAAAUUCUUUUAUGUAUGUGAUUAUUGUAAAAUAUUUGAAAUUUUCUAUUUAGUGAAAAUGAUACCUUCUGACAGUGGAUUGCUUGGCGUGGUAUGUUGAAACUAUUAGUUCAGUUAAAUUAUUUUGUUACCAAAAUACAAUCAUUUUGAAAUUUCAGCCCAGGCAAUUGCUCUUAUUUUUCUUCGGUGUUGGGAUUUUUUUACCACGUUAAUACAAAUAUUGGCUUUUAAAAACUGAUAUACUAUUAUUAAAGUGUUAAUGUAGAUAUUUUACUGAAAUGAAAUGUUCAAAUAAUAUCUCAUUAAAAAUCAAACAUAUUUUUCAUUGUCAGCUGUUAUUUAAGCAAUUAUUUAAAUGUAGUUCUGGAAACGUUGGUAUAUCUAUCUAGAAUAUGCUAAUAAGGUGAACACAACUAGCACUUAUUGUGGUGUGGCUGUGUUGGUGAUAUUAAUUUGAUAACAAUAUUUAUACCAUAUUAUUCAACAGCAAAAAUAUUUGGAUGAUCCAUUUCAUAAGUUUCGGUGAUGUUGUAUGAGGAUUGUAAAAUUAUUUUCCAUUUAUUUUAUAACUGUAUAAUGUUCUAGUAACAUGUAUAUAAAUUUUACAAGCUGUUGUGAAUAUGAAAGACUUUUUGUUAUUUUUUUUUUAAAUUUAUACUUAAACUGAGAAUCUCAAAUUAGAAGAAAAAACAAGUUGACGAAAUGAGUUUGUAUUGAAAUUUAUUUAUUUAAGUAGCAAUUGUAGAAGUUACUAUUAGUAUUAGUAACGACCAACGAUUUUUAUCUCCAAAUGUAUAUUUUAAUAUGAAAUAUGUACGUAACUUGUAGUAUAUGCAAAUCAUCACUGAAAUAUAGUUUUUAUUUAAUAUAUAAAUUGAAUUUUGAGGUAAAUCAUUCAAUAAUGUGCAUUAUAUAAAAUCGGAAUAUUUUGCAUAAAUUUGUACUGUGCUGCAAUAAAAAAUGUUAGUAUUUAUAUAAAAAGAACUAUUUAAACUACAGCUUUGGGACAAAUAAAAUCAAGGUAACCUCGAGAAAAACCUGAAUGCUUUUCACUUGUAAAUAAAUGAAGUAAAUUCAAAAUUUUCUUAACUGUACAAAAAAUUUUUUUUCAAUUUUCGGUUUUCCUGUAGUUAAAAAUUUUCUAAAAAGCUUUAUGGUAAAUAUAUUUCUCCACAAAAUAAUAACUAAAGUAAUAUCACUAUUUCAUACAAAAGAAAUGUACAAAGAAUUGUCAGACAUUUAUAGUCUGGAUGCCAAACUGGGAUUUUUGGCUUAACCUGGAAGUGAAGUACGGCGAAAGUUUUUUGACGGUUUUUAGUUCGUAAGGAUGACUAUCUUGACGCCCUUGAGCAUUUUGACAAAUUCAGGAUGGCGGCCAAAAAAGUCAGCAAAAACAUACAAAAAUAAUAGUUUUAAAAAAUAUGGACAUGUAGCACAUAGAUUAUAGGGUUUUCUAACCUUCAAAAUUCAAAUUUGCAGUUAGAAAUGUCAUCGUUUUGGUUGAGUUCUUCCAAUAACGCAAUAAUUGUUGGACUGCAUUCACUUUUAAUCGAGUCUUUAGUAACUCUUAUAUGGUACUUAUCAAAGUUUUUAUGUUUUCUGUAGUACUAGUGUCGUCUUCGGUUUUGAGUAAUGUCAUUGUACAUUGCUUAUGUAAUUAUGUAAACUAGUAUUAUUCCAUAUGUUCUGAGACAUAGUCUCAGUUAGUUUUUGAAAAGAAAUAUCUUCGUUAUCUUGAAAAGUGGUUUUAUUUUGGGCAGCGGUGAUAUUUUUGUGACCAAUAAAUUUUUUUACACAAUUUGAAUGGUAUCUUACAUCUGCUGCAUAGAGGUCACUUUGCGGUUGAACGAUCCUAGAUCCAACAUCUUCUGCCCAUUUGUCUUGGCGUUUUUCUCAGGCUUUCAGAAUGUUUUGAUUUAUGUCCAAUGUUCGUACAAUAUACAAAAUUCGUUAAAUCGGCUUGAGUUUUUAGGAUCUUUUUCACAUUUUUCGGUGCACAAAACCAGUCUUCUCUAAAAUCGAACGUAGUAAAUGAUCAGAGAUUACGCACAUCUGUUGGUUUGGGUCCUUCUUGUUUCCUACUUUUUUUGAACAAUCUGGCAAGACACACAAUAAAAUUCAUGGAUCUCUAGUCUCUGCUGGUCCCCAAUCCAAUUUCUGAGGGUUUGAUCUUCACGUUGGUAGCACGCACUAAUUAUUGUUUGAAGUCUUUGUUCACUGUUCCGAUUUCUCACACUGAAAUUUGCAUUUUUUUAUGUUCACCAUUAGUUUCCAUUCUGGCGAUGAUAGUCCUGCAAAAAGAAGAAUAUGUUUUUGUUUUCGAAAUUAUUUCAAUAUAAAAUAAUUUCAGAAAUAAAAAAAUCCGUUCCUGAAAAAAUAAAUGCUGAAAAAAAGUUAAUAUUUUAACUGUGAAAAUUACUACUAACCAAAACUUGCUUUGAUAUUAGUAGUUAUUUUCACAAUUACACAUUGGGAUAUGUGGGAUGGGGAUAUUUAGGUAAGGGUAUUGGAAUAAAUGGUAAACUUUUUAACUCUAAAUUUUGACGUUAUCUUGUAUAUCUUCUAAGGAUUUAUUAAAAAAUCGUAUUUUGACAUCAAAAUUGUAAUCUUUACCCCAAAAAACCUAUAAAAGGACACCACAUCAAAGUUUACGCCAUCUUGGUUUAACCUUUGAGGAUUAAUCAAAAUCAUGUUUUGAAAUCUGUAAUUUCCACCCCAAAAAACCUAUAAAAAAUGUAUCUCAUUUGUUAUAAUUAUUAUUUUUUUAUUAAAAUGAUGUCGUUAUGCGUUAUGCUCCGCGCGUUUUAUGUCAUUUUCGGGCCGCCUGUCGGCGUUGUUCUACUUUUUUUAACAUUGAGUAACUUGCCGUACCUCCAUUUUGAUCUGAAAUUCGGGAUCCUUAUCCAUAAAAACAUAUAAAUUGAUGUACCACACGUUAAUAUUGAAAAAUAAAAUCCAACCCCAUAAAACGCCCCCACUCCUCCAAAAAGCUCCCAAAAUUAUUUUUAAAUAAAAAUUUAAAUUCAGAAGGCUUAAAAACCCUAAAAUCGAUGUGCUACAUGCCCGUUUUUUUAAAAAACGGCAUUAAUCUUAAAAUAGACCUACUUAGUGACCUAAAACCGCAAAAAAAUUUUCGCCGUACUUCCAGUUUUUUCGUCUGGCGUCCAGACAAUUAGCGAUUGGUGUAAAAUUCUAACCUUGCCAACAUCUACAUUUAUGACACUCGAAUUCAUAUUAAUUGUCAAUUGAUGUUUUGUGUAAUCACUGGAGUCAUUGGUUUGUCAGAAAUAUUAAUGAUAACUUAUCAGUAAGUUACUUUCCUGACAAUUUGUUCCAUAAUAAUUAUUAUGGUUUCUAUUGUGCAGGAAAUGUUUUGUUGUUUCUUUUUUGGCUGAAGGACAUCAUCCAUUUAGCCAACCAUGCUCGUUGUCAUCAAAUUGGAUGGGUUAAUGGUAUAUGUUUCACAUCCAGGGGCCGUUCAGGUUGUCUAACUCCAAGGCAAGGUAGAUCAAGGUACAUACAGGAACCAGUCUUUUAGGUUGAGUAACAAAGGAGACGAAACCAGCUAGAUUAUAGUUUUAACUUGCUCUCUCUAAUGAAUUUUAAUAGAUUAAAGACAAUCAUCUUAUUAAAUGCCAAUAAUCUUAUUAAGUUAAAUGGAGGUAAAAUAUCGAUUUUUAUUAGAUUCUCAUACAUUUUUUCUCUAUGCUGCAUGUAGUUAUUCUAUUCAAAAAAACUAUGUUCCAAGUUGGAUAUACGGUUACAACUGUCGCACAAGGAAAUGUUUAUAUUGAAAAACUUAAAUUUCCAACUUCUCUCUAAUGUAUAUUUGUGAGUUCUGAACUUUUUGAGUUUGUAUAGAUGACUAAUUUUACUGAUUUAUAUGUUUGCCUACAGUGUAUUUUUAUACUAAAGUAAGUUAUUAAUAUUUUGAUAUCUGUUAUGUCGAAUAAAGUUUUUUUGGAAUAAUUCAGGCCAUCUACAUAAGUCGAUUAAGGGUAUGCAUCGUUAGUGCCUAACAUAUUUUUGUAAAUAGUACUUUCUAGAUAUUUUCAGUUUUUCAAAAUAAAUUACAAAUACAACUGUUAGCAUCGCAUAAGUUUAUUUAUUCUACAGUUAUUGACAAAAAUAAUUAACUGGAACAUUAUUCGACAGCUGAUAUGGAAUUACGCUAUUUAUGAUCUGUUAUUUGAAUGGCUGUGAUGAGUAUUCUAUUUUUCAAUUCCUCUCGAUUAUCAGGAUUUAUUGUACAAAACCUUUUGCAGAAAAAAUUGUCUAAAGACUAUUAAUCGGAAGGUCUGGCAGGUCAAACUAUUUUGCAUCUUCGUCCAAUCGAUUUGGUUUAUUGUUAUUAAUUAGCUCUAAAUACUGCUCAUUAUUUUCAUUCACGAUAUGUCCAACACGUUCUUUUCAUAUAUUUAGAGUCUCAGAUAUCACAAUCAGCUUACUUUACGGUUAUUCAAAAUUAUUGUUGUUUUUAUUGUUUUUUUUUUCGCCGUUUUUUGUCGAUAAUAGCUUCUUGGGGGCGUCUACUGCGUGUAUCAUCCUCGUUGCUCUUUUUUGCCUCGUUUAAACUUCUAAGGAUUGAUUCUCUUGAGGCAAAGUCCGUAUAGUAUAGUAUUUUUUUGCCAAAAAGCAAUGCCUUAUCACACAAAAGUUGCUUCAGUCUUCUCUCACAAAGCUGUGAAAUUUACGAACGUGUUUUUUAAAGAUUAGAGUGAAAUUCAUGUGAUAGUCUAAGAACUUCCAGCCCACCAAAUACUUCUAAUUGGCUUAUGAAUUAUUUUGAGUUACUUACUAUAUUGAGAAACACUAUGUAUAAUUAGCAGUAAAAUAUAUCGACUUCUGUAUAUAAAAAUUUUAUCAAACAGCAUUCAAUUUAUGUUAACCAAACAUAUUUUAGUAUUUAAUUGUCUAUACGAACAAAUAUUUAGAACAUUUCAACUGUCUUUUUCUCUUCAAUUUCUUUAUGUACAUAAAAUAAAUUCCCUAAAUUAUGUUUACAAUGAUGUGAUCGAAGUGAUAUCGCUUCUUCUAAUUUUGGAAACGACAACGAUGACGGUUUGGAUUAAUUUCAAUAGUAUAUCAACAUACAGAAAAGUAUCACGAAUAAAAUUUCCUCAACCCAAUUUAAUGUUUGCGGGACAUCAAUAUUUCAAUUAAAAAUAUUCCUACAGGAAUAAACAAUUACCUUCACUAUAAUUUGCCGUAAUGUAGAGUUUUCAUGUAUUGUAACUCUCUUAACAUAUAGAUAUACAUCUAUAUUUACUCAGUUAAAUUUGUUGAAUAUACAUUUGUCCUUAAUCGAAAAAAAAAUAUCUAUUUUUAUUAUUUUUAAUUUACCUUAUCCAUAUAUUUUAUCAAGAUCAUCCAAGGUAUCAUACUUAGUGAGUAUUGAAGUCAAAUAUAAAUAUUUCUGCCUAUCCAUAGCAAUAUUUUCCAGAUCCAUCUUCACUUCAUCCAAUCUUCUCCAUCUUUUUUUCCCUCUCCCACCCUAGGUCCCUUUUAUCAUCAUUUUUGUCCCAGUUUCCGGUCCAGCCAUCUUACUCUUGUUUUUUUAUUAUCUUCAUCACAUUUUCUCUAUCCAGAACUUUUUCAUUUCGUUAUGUCUUCUUUUGUAUGCGGCCUUUUCUUAUUUCUGUCUCAUGGUAGUGUGCAUAAUUUUUUUCUAUUUUCAGCACCUAUUUAUAUUUUGAGUUUUGGUUUUAUGUUCAUUUUGCUCUUCUCCUCACUGCUGUAUUUUUUCUUUUAUGUUUCUUCUAUUUCCGUUGUUCAAAAUUAUUACAUCUCGAUACUUGAGUUUCUUUACGAUUUAAAAUUCACAUCUUCUUAUUUAUUUCGUCUUCUCAGCAUCGAUAUUUAGAUCCCACUUUUAUUAAUUUUUCCAACAUGUAUGUUGUUACAUAAUUUUGCUGAUUGUACAUCUCCAUGUUGCUACAUUCAACUGUGUUCUGUGGUUCAUGCACUUUUUCAGAUCUCUUUCAUUGAUUUUGUUAUUAUUAAUAAUUCUGCAAUAACUUUAUCCAGUGCCGGUUCUUUUCCAUUUUUCAUAUUUUAUUGUUGGUACCUAAUUUUCUUCUUUUCUCCCCUCUCGAUUGUUGUUUCGUCUUGCACUUCUUAAUUUUUUCCAUUGCAAUUAAUAGCGCUCUAUUCAUGUUUUAAUUUGUUUUUGAUUCUUUAGUAUCUUUCCAUUUUUGCACUCCACUAUGUUUAGGCGCGCUUUUUUUAAAUAUUUGUUUCUCAUUCGCAAAAUUCUAUCGUGUUUGGUUUUUCGUUUUCUUUUUCUAUUUCAUUCAUUUUUUCGUCUAUCCACUUUCUUCUUUUGCAUGCUUUUCGCACUUGUUUAUAUUUCACUCGAUUUUGUUUUCUUUGCUAUUGUUUUUUCAUUCACCACUUUUUCUAGGCAUUUCGGAUUAUACAAAUCUGAAUCCUUGUGAUGUCUCCACCUUCAUUACGUUGUUUUUCCAUACCAUAAUUGAGUAAUCAAAUUGUGGGCGUUUCCCCUAGACGCAACUAGUUUAUGCUUGUGAACUCUUAUUUUUUCCCUCAACCACAGGAUCUCGACUGGAGUAAUUUUUCGCACUGGGUUGAUAAGAGCUUUGCGAAAAUCAUGAUAUUCUUCAGUAUCAUAGUGUGCUCAUAAUCGGCGUCACUAAUACCAUCAUCAAAAAAUUAUUCAACAUCAUCUCCCGAAGUAAUUUUCAUAAAUCAUUUGAACAGAUGUUCUUUCUAUUCUUAUGCCAUCCUCUAAAAUAUUAUGAUAAAAACAAUGGAAAUGAUGAUAAUACCAAAAUUAUGUUAAACUUACCUCAAGUGUAUUAAACACUUAUAAAUGGCCGCGCCGUUAGAUUUUGCCUGAUUUACAAAGACAAUAUUCAUAUUAACUCCUCCAAUCACGCUGGUGGACUUGAUACAUUUACGGGCAAGGUGCCAUAGUGGCUACUUUGAAGGCUUUUUAUAAACAAAAAAAAACCGAAAAUGUUAGGCAAAAUCUAACAACGUCACUAAUUUCAGGUUAAUGAUUCUGAAGAAUGACUGUAUUAAUGGUAAUUAUAGCCCCCAUAAAACUGUUUCCCAUACAUUUUAAAAACACUUUCGUUCAAUAAUCGUCCGCGGUACUCAAAUAAUUUGGUUUGAAACUUAUCGAUUAAAGAUUACCGAUAAUAAGUUAAUGAUUAUUCUAAAAGGAUUUUACUAUUUUAAUUUCAUAUUGGAUAGGUGUAAAUAUUUUUGUUCAUUUUCCCCGAUAAGACCAUUUGAGUGCAACGAAUAUAAUUCGAUUCGGCUCUUAAAAUGAAAUGAUUUCUAAUAUACACAUGAAACGAUAACGAAGCAAGGUUAGUGCGGAUAAGCAAACACUAGGCAUCAGUCGGAGUCAUUGAAAAAACGAUUCUAAUAAACUAUUAUGUAAACAAUACUGAAGGUGAAACAACAUCACUGAAGUUUUUAUUUGGUUUAUAGCACAUGACGAAUUACUGAACUUCCAAUUUAAACGAUUUAAUUGAGCUAAUAGAGGUUUAAUUCUAUUCCGGCAGUAUUCGGUAAUUUUAAUGAAUUUAAGUGGAUAAAGUAAUUUCGGUUUUUGUAAUAUAAAAUAAAACCCCCUUUUUUCUAACAAAGAAUAGUUUUUAAUGAAUUAUAUCUUUUCCAUUUUGCUCAAUGACCUUUCGCCAUCUUUCUUUCAGCAUCAUGAUUUCGCGCUCAUAAAAUUUCUGGUCCUUAUUAGCAAAAAACUGAACCAGGUGCGAUUGAAGGUCAUUUGUGAAAGUUUGACCAUUCAAAGAAUUCUACAAACUUCGAAAUAAAUGGUAAUCAGAUGGUUCCAGAUCAGGGCUUUAAGGAGGAUGUCUGACCUCCCAACCAAGCUCCAAGAGUUGCCGAAGAUGUGUGAGGCCUUGUAUUAUCAUGGUGAAACACUGGUGAACCUUUCCGAUUUGACAACUCUGUCCGUUUUUCUUUGAUUGCUCCAUCCUGUUUCAGUAAUUGUUGGCAGUAAACAUCAGAAUUGAUCGUUUUGUUCCUUGGAAACAGCUCAAAAAUCAACACACCUUUGUAAUCCCACCAAACUAACAGCAUGAGCUUUUUUGUUGCUUUUUAGCUUUUUUUUGGUGUGUUUUCUUUAUGUUAGUUUCCAAACUACUUUACUGCAAAGGACCCAUUUUUUAUCACCAGGGAUGAUUCUUUUCAAGAAAAGGUCUAACAUAAGUUAUUCAAAAAAAGCAAGGCUGUCUAUAUCUAUUCUACUAUUUUUCUAGAAUCAAACACAAUGGUGGUGGCUUAUUUUUUAUCAUAAUCAGUUGAAUUAGCUUAUAAAUUGCACAGUAUAAUUUUAUUCUUACGUAAUUUCAUCGACUUUUACGGAUGAUUUCUCUCAAAUUGGUUUGGUUGGUGUGUAGAAAAAUUUUAAUAUUGCGUAGGUAUGAUGAGUAUACCUGCUUGAUAAUUAAAGAGAAAUUGAGAGUGAAAAAAAUUUUCAUUUGGAAUUUGUUUACAAAACUAUAGCAGAUUUAGCCCAAUGCCCAAACGGAUAUAGUUGAAUGAUUUAUUAUAUGCAACUGUAAAUAUUAGUUUAUGGAGGGCAGUUGUCAUUAACAGAGUCAUUUUAAAAUUACCUUAUAACAUAUCGUUUUGUAGUAAGUUGUGUUUUAAUGUAUUGUAUAAUCUGAAAUUAAUGUUUAUUAAUUUUUAUUUGAUAAAAUACUACCUAUCCCAUAUAACAAAUUGAGAUUUGAUAUUUUUUAUUUGAAUAUGAUUCUCAAUCUGUUAUAUUUUCCAGCGCAGGCUUUAUUUUAUUUUAAUGCAUUUUAAUCAAAUUUUUUUAAGACAUACGGAGUGAGAAUAAUAAUUUGUAUCAUAUUUCCGCGCUUCUAACUAUGGGAGUAUAUUGCGAAUAAUUUCAAAAAAGUAUGAAUUCAUCAAUCUUCACUUUUUACUUGAAAAUUAGUAACUUUUUCAGUUGAAAUAGACUAUUACAAAAUAUGUCUUUUUUCACUUUCACAACUAUUACACUUUCUCUGCAGUGAUGCAGCCUAAAUUUCUGUAGUUACUAGCUCAAAUUUUUCUGGUUUAUCCGUGUAAACAUGCAACGCCAUCUGCAACACCAAAGCCUUUCAACUAGGGUUGGUUGAUUUCGACUAGAUUGAUAUAAUUGGACUGUUUUGUUCAAUUAUGCCCGACUAUACAAAAUCAAUAAUUGUUCUGGACAAAAUUGGAUAAAAUCAAUUGAACGCAAAUGGUAUUCAGAACACUCUAAUCCAAUAAUUCACCACCUAAAUUUUUCUUGGUCUUGAUAAAUUUUUAUAAAAUAGACUCUUUCGCAAUGACUGCAAUUACAUAAUCAAUUUUAUCCCUAUCUUCAGUCGUAGUUUUACAUAAAAAUGGAUCUCUCUUAAGUUGUUUCAUUCAUAUCGUUGAGGUAGGAACCAAUUCAGAAUAAAUUUCUUGAACCGCUUUACGCUUUAGCAUUUUCGGAUAUUUUGAUGAUGAUGGUGUUUUCUGAAUUGAAUAUUCUUAACUUCAUUAUUGUUUCCAACUAUAUCAUCAUCAUGGCAUUCUAGUUCCGAUCGAGACUCAGCAGGUUCUUGUCAGAUACUGGCUUGUGAUUCCCGUUUUUUUUAUUUCAUGUUGUCAGUUUCUCUUGUUGCGUCUGCCUAUGAACCACCUAAAUAAUAAAAAAAUUCCUCAUUGUAAAUUGAAAAUCUUUUAAAAAGUAUGCGAUUCAGUAAUUUUGGACCUGGGGAUUUCUCAUAACUUCGCAGCUUAGUCAGGCAUUGUACUCCUGAUUCAACCAAGAUAUAUCGGGAUUAGAACAAACCGAGUCAAAUAAAAUCAAAAUUAAAUUCGGCUGCACAAUUUACUUUGGAGCAAGAAGCAAUUAGGUACUGGAAACUAGUCGUUAACGUUAAUUAAAUUUAAAACCAGCACUUAUUUCUUGGUUUUAAUGUUGUGCUUCAUUUUUUAUAGACUAAAUAUCUUAACCUCAAAUUAAAUCAACGAAAAUUCAAUUUUGUCCAAUUGUGUUCGUUUUGUCAAAUUUUGUUCAAAUAAAAAAACCCUGCUUUCAACUGAGACACAAAAUUGUUUACAAUCAUGUCUGUAUCACUCUUCAUUGACUGCAACAGCAUUAUUAGGGUCAAUAAUGCCACUGGCCCUCGAAGCUGACCAAAUUCUUAGUCUUCAUACUGGUAAUGGUAUUUCGAUCCGUGAAUUCUGUUUAUUUACGUAGACAUUCAACCAUAAGUAUGCUUCAUCAACAUAAUGUUGGUAGGAUAUUGUGGAUCAAUGUUUACUUAACGCCGAUUAUUGUUUGGUUUCAAUUCCAAGCUGAAUUCUAUAAUCACGCGAAUCCAGAUGUUUGCUUAAAAUAUUCCAUAAGUUAUUGGAUACAAGACUUGUUUGUCUAUUACCCUCAGCACUACGCUGAACAACGUACGGUGGAAUAGUGAAUGUCGAUUAGAGUGAACGAAUUGGAGAAGCGAUACAAAUAUUUGUCAAAUGUUUUACGAUUUUUUGACGACACAGUUAAAUUUAUGUAUUGAACUGAAUAGUACAUUAAAGUUUAACAUUCGAGGAAUAUUAUGUGAAACAAAAAAUACGGCAUAAAGUAGGAUUGCAAGAGCAAGAUUACUUGCUGUUACUAUUGAUUUGUGUGAUUUUUUCUUGUUGGUUUUUCUUAUGUUAACAGAUAAAGAUAGAUUAAGGAAUCAUUUUUCCUAGAAUCUUAGUUUUUUGAUCGAAUUUGUUUUCUAAAGUCGUACCAUCUUAUCUCUAUUCCAGUUUUCAGACUUAAAAAUUAAAGUGGACCUCUAAGUACAUAACUACGUCAAAGAAUCAUCAAAAACAGUCUGUUUUUUCGAUAAAAAUUAACAAUAUAUUAACGGAUUCAGAAGAAAGGGGUCAGAAAUGAAAUGAGAAAUAAUAAACACGUUUAUAUCUCAAUUUUCGCAUUCUAAAAGUUAUCUCAUAUAAUCUCGUAACAUCUGUUAUAAAAAAAGUAGGGCAUAAAAUGUUCUAUAUAGUAACCUCCGGGAUAGAAUAAUGAAUUAAAAUAUAGAAUAACUCUUCUGAAAUAAUCUGAAUUAUAACAUUUAAAUUCCUCAUAAAUUAAAAAAAACUAAAUUUUUCAUUUAAAAAGAACAUUCACCAUCUCACCCGGCUAUAAGGGUGCGUGAUAUUAUCGUCGGUAAGGGUAUAUUUCUGCUUUUUGCUUGGCUGGAACCUGUUUUAGUAGUUUCCGUAUUUGGUGCACUGCAUUCAGUCGAUACUUUUUAUGGUUUCCUUAUAUUCCAGCCACUGCAGUUUACUUCUCUGCCCGACUAUCUUUGUUCAUGGAAUAUUAUCUCUUCGGAAGUGCCGAACUCACUGUAUUUGUUAAGAGUAUCCCUUCACGUUUAGUUUUAUUUUUAGUACUGAUUUUAUUACUCUCGGUUGAUUCAUUUUUAAUUUUUGUUUUCUUAGUCUGUUUUACUCUUCUAGCUUUUUUUCUUUCAACUGCUCAAUAUUCAUCGCAGUUAAUUGCGACUACUAAAUUGUGAAUCUUUUUCCAACUUUAUGAAACUGGAUAACAGUUGGCAUCGGUGAAAUUUUAUCCAUUAUUUUCCCCGCGGAUCACUCAUCGGUUUCAUCUCUUGUUUAUAGAUUACAAAGCUCCCUAUAUUCUUCAAGACUGCCAAGAUGUAUACUCUUUGAGCGUAUCUUGCAUUAAAUUAAAAUAUUUGGCAACGCUGUCUUUAUUCAAACCUCGACAACGAGCUUGCGGAGUUCCUCCGGCUUUUCGAACAUUAAGUUUUGGAUAUCUACUCAAAAUAGAUUCAGCUAAUUCAGACCAGCUUUUAUUUGAUUCGCUCAGAUGGCUUGUUGCAAUAUCACGCAUACCUCUUGUCUCCUAAUUAAUGCAGUUAACUUCUUUUCGUUCUCGUUUUCUAAUACAGAAGUUGAUCCCAUUCGUUUCUUAUUAACUCAGCUUUUAGAUAUUAUUCUUAGCAUUGAGUCUAGUCCAAGAAAAUGUGCUUGGUAGAUAGUUUGGCCUUCUAGUACUGCUCUCAUCGCAUUCUUCGGUCCAACUAACUCAAGUUGAACUCUUCUUGAGUGGGAUAUCUUAGACGUGGGCAAGGCCACUUUCUUUUAGUUAACAAGAUCUACCCAAUUUUAUCCUACCAAACAUGUUUUGAUAUGACCUGCCUACUCAUGAUAGUGAAAAAUAUAAAUAGAUGGUGGGGGAAUAUUAAAAAACAUAUAGAUUAGAAAAAAAUGUUUUAUUUUAUCACUUGAAUGAUUUAAUUUUUCACAAAAAUAAUGUUCUUCGAUUUUUUGCUUUACUGAAGUCUUCUAAUAGGGAUUUGUAAUUAAUUUUUGCUGCUAAAUCUGCUUUGAUUGAGAGUACUGGUAAACCAGGUAGUCGGUCCUGCUUCAUAUUGUUUCUUAAGUAUUUUUUGAUAAUUUUCAACUUGAAAAAAAUCUUUCUGUACCUACAGGCAUAGACAACAUAAUUCUAAUAGUAACGUAAACAUUAGGAUAAAUAUCUUCCAGUUCUUUUCUCAUUUUGUAUUGAAUCCUCUGAUUGGCGUGUUGAAUGGUUAAGCUGUAAAUCUUCGUAAAACCCUUAAGAUUAUAUGUCUUUUCUUUAACCAUCUUUAAGUACUAGGCCUAAAUUAUUAUAUUGCUUCAAAUGCUCGAUAUUUUCCAAAAAUUUAAAAUUAUUUACGUCAUACAAAAAUCCAAUAUUCAGUGAGUGCAGUAAAUCAUCAAUUCUGAAACUAUUUUCAGCGGAAUCAAGAGGCUCAUCUACAGCUUCAUAAUUAAAUAUUUUUUUGCGAAGCCUUUUCUCCUUAAAAGUCAUUGGAAUCUCUCAACUGCAAUUUUAUAUGAAUCCGUAAGGCUUUUGCAGUACAUUUCUCGAAAUUUGUGGAUCCAGUUACAAAAAUUACGCAAAUUGUCAGUGGCAAUGUUGUAAAUCAAAAAGAAAGCACAAAAAUUGAAAUACCAACUGUUCUGUUAUAUGAGGUUGAUGGUUAAUGACUUAGGCGCUGCAUGAAGAUAUUUUGAAAUUCGUUUUAUAGUAAUUGUGUGUAUGUAUUAUGACUGCAUAAAAAAUAACUGCGGAAAAUAUCUAAAGCGAAGGCUCCACUUGGAUAUUGCAUCUUGGAUAUUCUUAUCACAAACUGCGCGAUCUGUUUAUUUUUAGCAAAAUAUUUUCGUCUAAACAUUCUUCCUUACGGUAAACCUUUUGAGAUAGUAAUACAGUCACUUAGGAACUUUACUGAGAAAUUCACCUCCAUCGUCAUCAUAGAAAAUCAUCAUCGUGUUACCCGAAUCCUUGUUUCCAGGUAAUCUUCUUAGUAGUUAAUGAAGAAAGCAUUGAAUCAAGAUUGCUGAUUAUACUGGCACCAAGUUAAAGUGCUUUGCGGCGUUAAUUUUUAGAAAUUUUAGUAUUAAUUAAUUAAUCUGAAGCUGGCGGAAAUGUCAUUGACCUCAGUUGGGUUUUAUUACAACAGGAUAAUUUUAUGGAGUUGUCGGUUGAAGAUCGAACAAGUAUAUGUCUGAGAUCAUCAAUGCUCUUAGAUCUAGUAGUAUUUUUCAAGAAUUUCUAUAUCAUAUAAAUCUGAUAUCAAAUAAUCUUUCAACAUCCAAAAUCACGCUGGCGUUGUUGUAUAUGUAAUUGAUAAAUAUUAUCACUGUUUUUGAAAGGAUUGAUAGAAUAAUACCAUGUUCUUGUCCAGCCCAUAAAUUAUCAUAUUUCUUUUUUAUAAAUUAGUAUUUGGUUUCAUACGCUUCUUCUAGAUGUGCCAAAUUUAUUUAUCAAAAAUAUGGACAAUAAUGUUGCUUAUCGCUAUUUUCAGUUGUUGUGAAAAAUUCACUGGUUGUCUUAGUGUUUUCCAUGAGGAUGCUCUACCAAAUCCUCUCCUUCCAUCAAAUCUUCCCUAGAUGAUGAAAGAUACAGCUCUCUAAUUAUUUACUUUUACCUCACCAUGUGCGUCCAUCUAAUUCAUAGAGUGCGUAUAUGGAGCAAACUUCAAAAAAACUCUUCAAAGCAUCUUCUGUUAAGGUUCAAGAUUUUAAUCCAUGAAGCAAAACAGAAAUGGAAUGAUAAACUGUCGCAUUGUCGGGUCGAUGUUUUUUCAUGCCAACAUAAACAUUUCUUCACAUAUACUAUGCUUUUGUUUAAUUUUUGUACCAAGUACUUGAAUUUUCGUACCUUUUUUAACUUGUUUAAAUCAAACCAGAUCGUCAUCCCAUCUGAAAGACUUGUCUAAAAGGCUGCCAGUGGUUUUACUUUACCAAUCACAAAUAAUAAUUAAAUUUUUGAGAGGAUAUACAUUUGGAUACUUGUCUUGUUUUUAUGAUUGAGUUUUUUAUGUACAUAGCUAGAUCUUGAGAUAUUUUCAACAAAAUUUAUUAGAUGUAUUUUUGGAAGAAUUGAUGAUAAAGUACAGACCUCUUAAGAAUCGACGUAUGCUCCCUAUAAAUGGAUUUUCGUAAAUAAUCGUUAUUUACCUCACUCUGUUUACAUUUAGUGUGUAAAGUUUGUACAGAAAUUAUAUUUGUGUAUGGUCUGUAAAUGAAAUUAUUAAUGUUUUCAAAUCUGAGGAUUCUGUACGUUUUAAAGAAACAAACGCAUAGUUUCGUCUUCUUUCUAUUAUUUAUUUUAUGUUAAUCUUAUUUCUAUUAAUAAUAGUAGCAUAUGUCUUUGUUAUGACUCGAACCGUUUGGUUGACUUGUUGAAAUAUUUCUUCCGGAAUAUCGUGGAAGUGAACAAAAAUGUCAAAUUUUCUAACAAAACAAUUUGGAUGCCACAGAAUCUAAUCUGGGAGUGAAAUGAUUCAUUAUCUGUACAUUUAACGAUGUUAGCGAAAAGUUAACACUAGUUUACCGACAUCCGAUGUAGGACCACAUAUAAUCAAAAGACUGUACUACAUUGCGUUUUCUUGCGGAAAGAUUGACGUGACCGCUAUACCACUUUGUCAUUCAUAGUGUUAUUCUCCAAUAUUGCUUUCUAAUAGCGGUUCUCAACUUCCUGUAUUUGUAUAAAAAUUCCCAAUACACCUGGAUCCCCACCAGAGAUACUGCCAUGCUUAGUGCGAUACUGUUGAACUGUCGCCGAAAUGAGUGUGUUAUAAACGUGGAGCGAAAGUCUUUCGGUGAGGUUUGGUCUUGAUGGAUAUUAACCUGCUUCAUCUCCAGGAUACGGCUGAACUAGACUAGUACUGACAAUUUUGAUCAUAUACCACAACCUACUGCUGUAGGAAGAUGAUUCUUCUGUUCGAUGAAUUUCUUCCAGUUGUCGCUUUUCAUGUCACUGAUGGAGCAUUGGAACAAUAUUUUUAAUGAUAUUCAAUGGAUUUAGUUCACACUAGUCGGUAGAGGCAGUCAAAGUACCGAUAUAAUAUGUAGAAUUGCCAAUUCGUCCUCAACAUACAUUUUAAAUUUGUAUGUGUGUUUAGGCGUUAUUUGGAACCAGGGUAUGGUGAUAAUUGACUUGUGCCUAUUGGAAAAUACAAGAUAUUUUGUAAAACAACUCGUUCGACACUUACCAGCACUAUGACCUAUCAAGUUUUCUCUUUACGUAAUCAGACCUUGAAUGUUCGCCAUACAGGUAGAAAAGUUUGUGUUAUUUAUCAUCAAAAAAAAACAUUUUUAAUCUGAACUAUUCAUGAUUACUCACGCAUUGAGAACGAUUAUGAAAUGGGACAAUUUUUUACUUUGCUUUUACAUGCGGCACUACAGCUCUGUGUGAGCUUUGGCCUCUUCAACAAUAGAUCUCCAAAGCAUUCUGUUUCUUGACUUGGAGUAUCACCCUGUAGUUCGGAAACCAUCCGUGACAUUAUCCAACCAUCUCAUUAUAACCUUCCUACUUUCCUCCUAUUGAACACUUUGAUAAUCAGAACCUUUUUUGGCAAUUGGGAGUCUUCCGUAUGUCCAAUUCUUCGAGCUUUAAAGAAAUUAUAUCUGAUUCUUCAUUCAUCAUCUCCAACUUUCACGCUACCAUAUAUUUUCCUGUAACUUUGGAAUAUUAUAAUAUUUCUUUGUCAUACUCUGUCAGUAAGAGUUUCGAUUGAUUUAUACAUAAACUGUAUUUUUAAGAAACAGUAUUGAAUCGAAAAUAAUAUUGGAAUACCAAAACAGAAACGUUGAUUUGAACACAUUAAAAUUUGAAUUGGCAGGUGUUAAUUUAUGGUUUAUAUGACAUAAUAUAAAAAUACUCGUAGUUUAUAUUGAAUCUUUAUAACAAAGUUUUUUUCAUUAAAAAAUAUACAUAUGUUCCAACCUAAUUGAUGUAGAGAAGAUAAAUUGAGGGUUACUAAUCUUAUUGAAACUUAAUCUCUUUUUUACGGUGCAUUCCACUAAGCGUUCACGGCGCCUGAGAUACUCACGAAGACCCUUGUGACGAAGGGGGUCGAAGUGAGUGUUGAAAGAAUUUUCAAAACUGAAGCAACCAUGAGAAUAUAUCUCAUUAUUAGAUGUGCUAUGGAAUAUUAUAAGUACUUUUGGAGCACCUCUAAAUAUUUUACUUCCACUGCAGAAGAUAUUUUGAUUUUACUUUUACUGAUGUAAAUCAGUUAAGCACUCCAGUAAAAAACUCAAUAACUCAAUAAAUUAUAACCUAACUUCUUAAAGCUUUCGUUUUAUUUUACUGUUUUGCCGUUCCGCUUAGGUUUACGAUUACAACGCUCUGGACUAAGUGGAACGGGGCAGAUCGUGGUCGUGAUAGUCUUGAGUGCUUAGUGGAAUGCACCCUUAACAUAUCUUUUUCUUUAAUUCUUUCUUUUAGAAAAAAUGAUUCCGAUUAUUCGAUAUGGAAAAUAUUAUUUAGUUGCGCACUUUGUUAUUUCAAAAUUAACUCUCAAGACUUUUAGAAAUAUAUAAGAUGUAUGAAUCAGUUGAUCUGACAUAACAUGAAUCUUAGCGUAUAUUUUUCCGUACAUCGUCCGCGAGGGAGGGGCGUUUUUAAAUAAAAAGAAUAGAGUCACGCGUUUCACAAAAGAUUCUUUUGUUUAUGUAGUUAAGUCGCGUUUUAGUAACCGAGGGAUUACUUAUAAGGAAAAAAUUACUUCAUAUCGAAAUUUGAGUAUUUUCAAUGUUGAUUUUUUUUAAUAUUCAUUAAUAAUUUCUUAAAAUAUAUUUUAAGAAAUUCCCAUAUUGUUGGAAAUACUGAUUUGUCUUUGUAGCAACCUGGUAUGUUUACAAUUAACUUUUAUUUGUUCUCAAAAUAUUGUCAUUUAUUUGAGACUUUGUUAAUAUUUUUGCAAAGCAUUCAAUAAUAUUUAAUAUAUUUGAGUGGUUUUUUUUCAUUAAUAACCGUGGAAAAUACAGAGCCGGCUUAAUUAGAAAUAGAUCACAAGACAUAAUUAAUUUCUUGCUUCCAAAAUAAAUGUCGUUAUGUCAUAUCUGAACAUGAUUCUUUUUUGGGUAAUGUUAAGCAUAUCACAUAUUUAUAUCCCAAAAAUGAAUCUUUAUUUCUUGGCGUCUUAAAGAUAUUUUCUCUUUCUCUUCUUUUCAUAAAGUUCCUGUGAUUGUUUUGGCAAUAGUUUCACUUCUUCGGCAUGUUCAUCGCUAAUUUUUAGCAACAUUCACCACCAGCAAAAGAAUAUAGACUAUAUUUGUGUUUUACAUUUAGUAGAAGUAAGAAUAUUCGAUAAAAAAAGACACUAGUGAAAAAAAUGCGAUGCAACUCAAUAACAACAAUAACUCACGAUGUAUGGAUGCAAUUUAUUCAUUACAAAAUAAAUUAGUAGUGGAGAGCAAGAACUAUUUAUUUAGAAACAAACAUCUAAUUGUCUCAACGUUCUGUGAUCUUCUAUUUAUUUUUUUGUUGUUAUUAUAUUACUUUUAAUAAUCAGGUGAUGGAAUUUAUUGAUUGUUUCAAAUUCUGGCAUCACAUAAGAUAUUUCAUACUUCCGUGAAGUGAAAUUAGUUUUUUCCAUUUCUACCAUUGUGCGCAGUAGCUACAACUUUGGAAGGACAAUUUGGGAAAGUAAAUCCACCACCCUUUCAUAACUAGAUUUAAUACCCUGGUGACAAUUUUUAUAUAUCCGGGUUCCAAACAAAUCAAACUGCCCCCUUUCUUGAAUUUCUAGAAGAAAAUAAAUCUUGAGUACUUUUUUGAUGAGUAUCAAAUCAGAAUAUAAUGUAUCGUACAACAAUUUUAAUUUUUGACGCUCGUCACCAAUAGCUAAAGCAGACUGAAACUAAAUCAAAACAUACAGUCUUCAUCAGGUGCAUAUUUUUGGCAUUGCUGAAUUUCUACAGGAAUUAAGUAUUGAUUAUAUUGGAAACGCUGGCAAAUGUUUUUUUGGACAUGUAAAACUUUCCGUCCAAUUUGACAUGAAUUGUGAAUGAACAUUUUACAGCAUUCGUUCAAAAAACUCUAUAUAGUUUUAUAUUACUUUUAAUAAUAAAAAUCUCAAUAUUUUGUGGCUCCACCCGAAAAUUCUUCUCUUUUUGGCAUAGCUGUUAGAUUUUCACGAUCUUCAGCAGUAAUUGCUUUUUAUUCUAAGGGUAGAUAAUAUUUCAGCUCUCCUUUAUUGUUGUUCUAUGGAGUAAAGUUCUGCUACUUAUUUUCUUGUAAUCAUGCCAUAGUACGGGCAUGAGCUGCUGGAAUAUACCAUGGUGGUAUAUUCCGCCAAAAAGUCGUCAUUGAUCAACGCAAAUCCUAGUACAUCCUCGUAGAGUUAAUGUGGCCCACUCAUAAGAACAAUUUGGUUUACAAACCGUUUGUUAUUACGACAUUACAUUGACUCACUCACUUCAAGUUUGAUUUAUCUUCUGCUUUAUGAAACUCCAGUACUGCAAGCACUAGUUUUCUCGUUAUCCUCGGAGAGUUGCCUUUACAGCCUUUCAGGUCAACUUCUUCAAGUCUUCUACGAGUAGUUGGACCUGAAAUUAUUCCUUUUAAUUUCUGCUGGUGAUUCAGCAGCUAGGUUGUCAACGACUUGUUCAAUAACGUGACGAUCUUGGAGUUCUCAAUGUUUUUAGACCGGCUCUGGGUCUAAUUUGAUUCUCAACCUGAAAUUUUUCUUAAUUAUGCAGAAGCUGUAUCUACACACUGAAAUGAAAGUUCGUUUGUUAUUGGAAUAUUGCAGUGAUGAAGUCUACAAUACCAUUUAUGUUAUUAUUUUGAUAUGACAUAGUACCAUUGCAUAAAUACAGAUUGGCCCAAUAGAUAUUGUCACUUCCAUAAAGAUACACUUCUUGAUCUCGACCCGGCUGAAUUCGUCCGCCAGGUUUUCCCAAACUCUCACUAGACGCGAAUCUGACACGACACCAAGCUUAGUUGAUGGUUUCCGUGCAUUGUAGCCAAAACAACCGUUGGGUGUGAUUCAAAGAUCGUUACCUCUUGGUAAAUCAGCAGUUAUGACCGACACUGACAUGGUUGCAUUUAUUCGUGACAGUAAUAAAUUGAUUUUUUUAUAGUAGACCUUGGACCUAGGCUGUUUCCAGAUUCAGUUUACUAAUAACAUCGAAUGCAUUUGCAGCAAAAGGUUGUCUCAUAAUAUCUUGCAGCAUAUGAAUAGUUCUGUCGAGUUUGCAAUAAACAAAUUCAUUUGAUCCAAGCACGAUACAAAUUGAUCGGUAUGCCUAUGCGCAGACAUGCGCGAUAUCUCUCGCACAAUGUGACGUCACGUUGGAGUCAAAAUGUGAAGUAUAAUGUAUUGUGUGCUGUAUACCUGUUAUAAAAUUUUAUUUUCAUUCCAAGAGUAAUAUUUGAUGCAACGACAUAUCUAUAUAUGUAUUAUUUAAAAGGUUAUUGAAUUUACCAGUUAAAUUUCACGUUCUAGGUCGCGUGCGGCUUACAAGGAUUAUAAUUUCCUGCCUGUUUGAAAUAUGAUAGCAAAAUUAUGAAAUUAUUCAAUUGAAUAAUAUUGUUACUGGUACAUUUCAUUUCAUUUUCUUUAUUUAUUUAUUUGUUUGAAUAAAAUAUAGGUAAAUAAACAAUGUUUUAAACAUUUUCCAUUAUAUGGAACUACCCUCUUCGAAAUGAAUGCAACAAACACGCACUAAAAUAAAUAACACAUAAAUAAGGGUUAUCUUAUGUAAAUAUUUCCGACCAGACUGAAAUCGUUUUUGUUUAUAAUUCCACAAGUAAAUCGACAACAUAAAAUAAAUAUAAUUGGAAAAAAAUAGUAAUUGUGUGUGUUAUUUUGUGAUUAAUGACAUUCAUUUACCAUAUUUUAAAUUAAUUUUAUCCUCUAUAUGUUUCUUUUGUAGUAUUUUUGCAUUUGGCGACGGAAUUAUGAUCUCAUAAUACAAAGUACAAUCAUUUCAAAGAAAAUAAUAACAAUUAGGUCAACUGUAGCCGCUAAACAAAAAAAAAUUUGUCUUAAAAACACAAAAAAAACCCAACCUAAUCUUAAUAGCCAAGAAAACAUUCUGAUUCCAUCGUGACGUCAUGCGCGAGGCGUGUCAAGUCGGCAUACCGGUGUAUGUUAAUCGUGGAUCCAAUUUGAAAGUUACUCAAACGCACUAUAACUGCGUUAAAUACUAUAAAGUUAAGUAUUAAAACUUUAGAAUACGGUAAAAAAGCGUAAAUAAUCCUCAACAUAAAACCCGAUAAAUAUCUUGUUAAAUUUAUCAAAUUUACAGUCCUGUAUGGUUUCGAAAAAUAGUAAAUAUUUCAAGAACUCUGAGCUUAUUAAGUGUAAAAAAUAAAUGUUGCUAAAGGUUUACUUUACAAUCAAUUCCCUUUAUGCAUCAUAUACUCUUUUUGGACGACUUGACCCUUACUAUUUGAUCGUUUUUUUUUUCUCCAUUAGCUUCUAUUUUGUUAUUUACAUGUUUCCAUUAUGAGAAGUAUUUUUCUUGUUUCCAUUUUUUUUAAUAACGUCUGCUGUUGAUUGAAUAUCAAUUACCUAUUCAGUUAUCAGUUAUGUGUGAUUCCUUCCACUCCUUAUAUCUACAAGACAAUUCUAUCAUGUAUGACAUAACGCAUUUCGUGGUUAGGUGUUUUAUAGUAGAAUAAGUAUUAUGUUCUGAUAUCAAUAUCUAGAGAAGAAAUAAAAGCAAAAUAUGUACCAAGUAAGCAUACGGGGAUAAAUUUAUUUUCUUUUAUUAUUAAUGAAUAACCAUAAUAGUUUUAUCAAAUAAGAAAUAGUAUGUAAAUACUAAUGCAAACUUAACUUUGAAUUAUCAGUUAAUUUAUCAGCAAAAAGACCUGCAAUAGAAAUUCAGAGAAUGUUUUUGUUUGUACAGUUUAUUAAUUUUGUUAAUUUUGCAGUUCCUGUGAAAGUUUUUGCAUGCCUAAUUUUGUAAAUUUACAAGCUUUUGUGAUUCAAAAAUUGCUGUAAUUAUUUUGCAAAAAAUUUUAAAAGAACUGUAUUAACUUUUAGUUUUAAAUUGACGCAAAAUUUUUAUUUCUGUAGGUAAUGCACAUAAUAAAUUUUUUUUA